UGCAGCAAACACGUGUGACUGAGCUUGAGCUUCAGGUUGACCCGUCUCUUCGCAAUCCGUCUUGCCACGGAUUGAAUCUUUAAUGGACAGCACGGCAAUUGCGCUUGCGGCCUCAACCAUAAUUGCCAGUCGGAAUGGUCACCACGCGGAGCGGGGCCCGUCGAUCUCUCGAAGAUGGCGAAAGCAGCUCUGGAGACGACACAGCUCGCAGAACCGCCGCGACGCUCAGACCAGGGAAGCGCGCGAUCCCGGUCGCCUCGAAUGCGAGACCUCCCAAGCGAUUGCAACAAAGCCCCGGCCCCGAGGACGAUAACGUUGACGCUGCCAUCAACGUUACGAGCAUGCGUCGUAGACCGAUAGAGGUCGUUAUCGGCACAUCCAAAGGCCACAGCCGCAUGAGCAGCACGGACGGCCAGGCUAUCUCGACAAAGGUUCCCCAUGACCCUUCCACCGCCGGUGUGCGCGGUGCUCAACCCCGCGCGAGGCGCCUAAACCGACACAUUCAGAGCAUUGAAAUCCUCGAUGAAGUUGGCACGCCACAACUACCGGCAACAAAGCGUGGAAAUGCUGCUCGACUCGAGGUUGCGGAGACCCCUGAGCCGGAAAGUCGCGAUGCAGCCCACAGCCAGCCCCAUGUCGCUGGGAGGAACCACCAGGAGGUUCUCACGGGCGUUGAAUCUCCAGAUCAAGCACAGGGCAGCCCGGAACUGCAGUCUUCAGCCCUCAAACGUCGACCGGCGAAGCGACUUGCUAACAUCUAUGACAUUCCGCACGAUGAAGAGUUGGCGCCGCCGAGUCCGGUUGUGGCCCGACGUCCACGGACAGUCAACAGGUUGAGGUCUUGGAGCCGGCCCAGGUCACGCAGGGCGCCGUCACACGAUCCAUCCUUUGGAAGAAAUGCGCGGCUCUCAGAUAUCCGCGAGGAGGAGCAGCCAGAGCCUAGCGUCGGUGAUCGAGAUGGCGAGGUCAUGGAAGGCAGAGAGCGGCCGACAUCAGGCCAAGAGAGUGAUGGUUUCGAACGAGAAGAAGGAUCUGAAGAGGUGGAAGAGUCAGAGGAUUCGGACGGGGAUCAAAGCUUGGUGAUCAUCCCAGUUCUGCCUUACAACCCCUCCAUGCGCACCAUCCCCAUAGAUCGCGUUCCGCUUGGCAAAUUGCUGCGGCUCAUGGGCCGACGCGGCUGGACAGGCCGAGGCAGGAGGUGGGAGAUCGAGCUUCCCCGUUUGAGUGCCUCCAACCUCUGGGCGGAAAUACCGACGCGCACGAGGUUGGGGAAAGGCUGUGUCGCAGCCCUCGGCCGCCUCAAGGAAGUGUUGGAUGAGGUUCCCAAUGCGCUCCACCUCCCCGGUCAAUCUCGGUACCUUAUCCAGGAAGAAGAGAGGCUGAAUAAAGCCAUGACAAGUGUCGACAACGCAGUGGCCAAGAUCGAAGCAGUCUCAACCGAGCCCGAUCGCCCUGCAUCAGCAGACGCCCGCAUUCCCGAGCCGCUGUUCAACGAUCUCUGCUCUUGUGUGAUCCCCAUGCUCGUUCUGGUACUGCAGAGCGCCUUCGCGAUCGGGGUCAAGAAGCCUGAUGCCGAGGCGGGUAACCCGCUCCCGGAAGAAGGCGUCUUUACCGUCGCUACGGCGGAAAUCUUGCAGUGGGUUUUGGAGUGGCUGUCCAACCUCGGGGAACUCUUGAAAGAUGAAGUCUCGGACGCCGAUCAGAGGCCAGACCCUGACAGUCCGGCACACGACCGCGACGAUUUCUGCUGCGUGCUCGACGUGGUGAAGAGCCGGGUGAGGUUGGCAGUCGACAACUUCAACGAGGAGGAGCGGGAGGUCGAAGAGAUGAAGAGAAAGGACAUGGAGAUCAAGGAGGCCAAACGGAGGGAAGAGGAGGAGCAACUGGCAGCCGCCACGUGGCAGGACCGGCUGUUCAGCUCAUCGAUCAGAAGUAUCCUAGACCAACCCCGUCCCUUCGAGUUGCUGUGGCGAAAGUUCAAUCCGAGCUGGUCCGGCGAUGCGGCGCACAGCAGCCAAAGAACCACCACCACCCCCCCUUCCACCACCACCAACACCACUACCCCAGCCCGUCAGCGCUCAGUUACCACCGGCGCCGGCACCGGCACCGGUACCGGUACCCGUUCCGGGACCUCAGCCUCGGCCUCGGCACGCCCGCCUCCUUCCCCGCCGCGACCGGUUGCUGACGCGCCGUCGCCGUCGCCGUCGCCGCCGCCGCGCAAUUACCCGCCCUGGGACGAGGAAGACACGGAGUGGUUCCUGCAGCAGCUGGUUCGGCCGGACAGGCGGAGCGGGUAUCUGCAGGUAUGCGCCGAGACGCUGCAGCGCGACGUCGAUGACCUCCUGGCGGAGAAGGAGCGGUUGAAGAGGCAGGGGCGGUACCGCUCCCCUGAGUGGAGGCGUUGAGUGGUCUGGUGCUGCUGCUGCUGAUGCGAUGGUGGCGGCGGCGGUGGUGGUGGGUGGGUGUGGUUAAGGGGGGGUUAUGAAGAAGGAUUUCGCAUGUCCGCUUGC